UUUUCUGUUAAACAUUUUAGGGUUUCGAUCAAACUUAAUUUUGAAAGAAUACCCCUUCCUUCCCUUCCCUCCUCGUUGCAAGCUUCUCCCUCUUCAUCAAUGGCGUCCGACCAGAACCACGGUGGCCAUGUUCAACCUUGUUUUGAUCGACAACUCUGUUCUUGGGAAAUCGAACCUCCUCUUGCCAUUCUGUCGGAAUGAGAUUGAUGUUAACUACAAGGCCUCAAUCGGCGUCGAAUUUCAGAUUCAAGUGCUGAAAAUCAAUGGAAAAGAGAUUUCGAAGUAGGGGAUUCUUGGAUGAUGGGUUUUGGUGGAGGAAUCCCCAAACGAACAAAAUGCCUUUUAAUAAUCCCUAAACCCGAAGAUUGGUUGGGUUUUCUUUUUUUCAAGUUCCAUCUUUUUCAUUUAGGUGAAGCAGGGAAUCGAUGAACUGAGAUGAUUUUUUUUAUUUAGAUAUGGGUUUAUGUUAUGAAGUUUUUCCUCUCUUUGGUUGCAGUAUAAAGGAGAUAUGAAAAGGAUGAACAGAUUUCGCUUGCGAAAUGUUCACUUUAUAAUUGUUCCAAGCUUGAGGAAAUGAAGUAACUCUUCUCUUUUCUGGCUUUCACCAAUUACUCUAAAAGUUAUGACAUUUCUACUCCUAAAAGUUGUUCCAAAUUUGUCUCGAAGAAUCUUAACUAGAGACUUAACUACUCCUUCUCAAACCCAUAUUGGGAAAAAAAUUAUCUUGUUUGAUGGGAAAGAUGCCUACAUAAACCGUCUUUGUGAUUCCAAGCUAUUCAAAGAAGCUAUAGACAUUCUCUGUGGCCAAAGUCGUUUAAGAGAGGCGGUUCAAUUGCUUUAUCGCAUCGAGAAACCCUAUGCUUCAAUAUACUUGACUUUAUUAAAAUUUUGUCUUAAACAACGAGCUCUUAAGGAGGGUAAACAAGUCCAUGCACACAUCAAAACCUCCGGGUCCAUUGGAUUAUACAUUUCAAAUCGUUUGCUUGAUAUGUAUGCUAAAUGUGGGAGCUUGGUGGAUGCCGAGAAAGUCUUUGAUGAAAUGGUUCAUAGGGAUUUGUGUUCUUGGAAUAUCAUGAUUUCUGGGUAUGUCAAAGGAGGGAAUUUUGAGAAAGCAAGAAAUUUGUUCGACAAAAUGCCUAAUAGAGAUAACUUUUCUUGGACAGCAAUUAUAUCUGGUUGUGUUCAACAUAACCGUCCUGAAGAGGCGUUGGAGUUGUAUAGAUUGAUGCAAAAGCAUGACUACUCGAAAUCCAACAAGUGUACUAUAUCUAGUGCACUUGCUGCUUCAGCAGCUAUUCCAAGUUUACACAUGGGAAAGAAGAUACAUGGUCAUAUAAUGAGAAUGGGGUUGGAUUCAGAUGAGGUUGUUUGGUGCUCACUAUUGGAUAUGUAUGGGAAAUGCGGAAGUAUAGAGGAAGCUAGAUACAUUUUUGACAAGAUGGAGGAAAGAGAUGUCGUUUCAUGGACAACGAUGAUCCAUACGUACCUCAAAAAUGGGAGGAGAGAAGAGGGAUUUGCUUUAUUUAGACACUUGAUGAAUUCAAAUAUCAUGCCAAAUGACUUCACAUUUGCUGGUGUCUUGAAUGCUUGUGCUGAUCUUGCAGCAGAGGAUUUAGGUAAGCAAAUUCACGCCUACAUGGUGCGUGUAGGAUUCGACUCAUUUUCAUCUGCAGCAAGCGCUCUAGUUCAUAUGUAUUCAAAGUGUGGUGACAUUGAGAAUGCCAAGAGUGUAUUCGAAAUAUUGCCCCAACCUGAUUUGUUUUCAUGGACUUCACUACUUGUUGGUUAUGCACAACACGGUCAACACGACAAGGCCCUCCAUUUCUUUGAAUUGCUACUUAAAUCAGGCACUAAGCCUGAUGGUAUUGCUUUUAUCGGAGUUUUGUCUGCUUGUGCUCAUGCUGGGUUAGUUGAUAAGGGACUUGAGUAUUUCCACUCCAUCAAGGAAAAGCAUGGAUUGACUCGUACCAUUGAUCACUAUGCUUGUAUAAUCGACCUAUUGGCUCGUGCUGGUCAGUUUACAGAAGCCGAGAGCAUAAUUAACGAAAUGCCAAUUAAGCCAGAUAAAUAUAUAUGGGCUGCUUUACUUGGUGGUUGUAGAAUACACGGAAACCUUGAACUAGCCAAAAGAGCGGCAAAAUCAUUAUUUGAAAUAGAGCCUGAGAAUCCAGCCACUUAUGUUACUCUAGCCAAUAUUUAUGCAAGUGCAGGUAUGCGGGCUGAAGAAGCAAAUAUUAGAGAGACUAUGGAUAGUAGGGGAAUAGUGAAGAAGCCUGGGAUGAGUUGGAUAGAGAUCAGGAGAGAGGUUCACGUGUUCUCCGUCGGAGACAACUCACAUCCGAAAUCAAAGGAAAUACUCGAGUAUUUGAGCGAGCUCUCGAAGAGAAUGAAAGAAGUUGGUUAUGUACCUGAUACAAACUUUGUGUUACAUGAUGUGGAAUUGGAACAGAAAGAAGAGAACCUUUCUUACCAUAGUGAGAAACUUGCAGUUGCAUUUGGAAUUAUUUCAACCCCUUCAGGUACUCCAAUUAAAGUUUUCAAGAAUCUUAGAACUUGUGUAGAUUGCCAUAAUGCAAUUAAGUUUAUUUCUAAUAUAACAGGGAGAAAAAUUAUUGUGAGAGAUUCAAAUAGAUUUCAUUGUUUUGAAGGUGGUAGUUGUUCAUGUAAGGACUAUUGGUGAUUGUUGUAAAUGAUUGGUUGGGAUUUGUUCAAACCUUUGUCAAGUUGUUUCAAUCAUAUUUACUAACAUGAGAAUUGAAGUUAGUUUUGACCUCAAGGUCGAUACUACCUGCUUUAUAACAUUGGGUUCUGCUUUA